AGACUCCUCUAGGCUCCGCUGGGUGCCAGUUGGCCUUCAGGAAAUCAUUAUUGCCCUUUACCAUACUUUAUAAAAGAACAGAAUCAAUAGCAAAGUGUCCCUUUCACUUGAAAUCCAUAAUGGAAAGAUAAGGAAGGGGAGGAGAUCGGGAGAGUGCUACAGGGAGCAGCAGGAGGAGUGGAAAUGCUUGGGCAGCUAGGCAAGAAAACGAAGGCCAGCACGCUUAGCUCAUUAGAGGUCUGACCCUAUAAAAGGCAGACAGGAUCCCUCUGGGGCUUGCUCCUGGGUUGUCUUUCACAGCGCUUUGAACAGGGGAGCUGGUCUUAGGAGUUCAGCACGGGAGGUCAAGGGGCACAGGAGGAGAGAACCCCGUAAGUCCGAGUUUCCCAAGAAGGGGCUGCACAUCAGUGAGGAGGGUGGUGUCCUGCUGUGUCCUUCCUGUGACAGAAAUCUGCACUAGUCCAGUGUUUGAACGGAACCCGGUUCCACCACCUUCUUCCUGCUGAGAAUUUCCUGGCGUUCUUGGGAACUCUUGCUUUGAUCCAGAGAAACACCAACUGCCAGCCAACAGAUCCCUUUUUGAAUCACCCAGGCCAGACACCUUUUUAUCCGAACCUCCCAGCUAAACCGGAGCCAUGGCUUCCCAGAUCCGCCUGAAUUACCACCAAGACUGCGAAGCGGCCAUCAACCGCAUGGCCAACAUGAUGUUUGUUGCCGGCUACAUCUAUCUCUCCAUGUCUUCCUACUUCGACCGUGAUGACGUUGCCCUGCGCAACGUUGCCAAGUUCUUCCGGUCGCAGUCUCAUGAAGACCGGGAAGAUGCUGACAAGCUGCUUUGGUACCAGAUCCAGCGUGGUGGCCGAAUUUUCCUUCAAGAUAUCAAGAAGCCAGAACGUGAUGACUGGGGCACAACUUUUGAUGCAAUGCAGGCAGCCCUCCAAGUGGAAAAGAAUGUGAGCCAGGCCCUUCUGGACCUGCACCGCCUGGCAAACAACCAUGGAGACCCCCAUCUCUGUGACUUCCUGGAGACUCACUAUCUUGAUAAACAAGUCAAAGCGAUCAAGGUCCUGGGUGACUAUAUCACUAACCUCCGGCGGAUGGGAGCAUCCCAGGGGGGACUUGGAGAGUAUCUCUUUGACAAGCACGGCCUAGAAGAGAGCAGCAGCUGAGUGUGGCAUGCCUCCCCCCCUUCAUAUUCCUGGGCGCACCGCCUCUGUGAACCCACAGAUUGUACCCACCGCCAUCACAAUAGCCGUGCCCCAGUCAAGGAGGUUGCACCUGCCAACUCUCAAUUGGCAUGCUUCCAAUAAACAAGGAUUCGCCAGUUUAAAAAGAAAGCAUUGAUUCAGUGUGCUGAAGCAGAGAAAAAGUCAAACUCUGUGAUAAGGAUUAUUAGAAAAGUUAUUGGUAAUAAAAUGACCGAUAGUA